AUGCCCCGGGAUAUACUACAGGACCUGCUCCAGGAAGUGAGCAGUGACUAUACUAGCCCUCAACAUUGUUUUCCACCAGAGCCGCAGUUCUGGGUAUAUUAUUCGUCUGGGCCUGGCAUCAUAGUCAAAGAUUGGCCCUCUCAAGGCGGAAUAUAUACGCUUGAUGUCUCUAGCCGAGUAGAGAUAGAAUUUCUGGAAUUGGACCCAUUUAAUAAUACGCGGCGUCCAACAAAUUCCGACCCCGAAUGGCAGAAGAAGGAGAAUACGCAUUGCGAUCGUAUGCGACGUCUUGACCCAACAUGGUGGCCAAGCGAAUUAGCAUGGGUUAAAAGUGAAAUCUCCGGUAUACCUAAUGAAAGGUCUAAUAAUUAUGUUCGGAUCGGUUGGACUCCGGAUAGUGGGGCGUGGGUUUGGAAGACAACAGAGAAGGGCGCAAGUGAGAAAGGUGGAGCAAAGCUGUAUAAUGCCCGUACUAUGGAGGAGCGUUGCAUCGUGAUUGAAGGGCUAGGAGGAAUUUUCUACGCCGACCCAAAAGAUUGCCCUUUUCUUGACCUUUCUUGA